AUGGGCAUGUGUCACGAGCAGACCGCGCUACCGUGCAUUAAUUCCCGCUCAUCAGGCGUUUCCUUCUCUUCUGAAUGGGAAAGGCAUCGCCAAGCGGUUCUGCGCCGACCGGAAGAGUCGCCGCCGCCAUCGCCCAGCCAGCAGCUGACACCGCUCUGCAGCCCCUGCGACGAGCGGCCGUCCCCGUGGCGGCGGGUGGCCAGCUUCACGGCAGUCGGUCACAGGGCAGGACCCGAGGACGGUGCGACUCUGCGUAACGGGAGGCCGUGGUCUUUGCGGUUGAAGAAGACUUACAAGACUGACAAGAAGCACCGAAAGUCUCAGGACGAGAAUUCUCUCUCCACUGGAGGAAACAGCCCGACUGAGCCGACGCCGGCCAGCGUGGUAGCGGCAGCACCAGGCAGCCAAGCCGUUCUGCGCUGCCAGCUCGACGUUCCUUCCCUCCGGUCGGCGGCUGGGGCGGUGUCGUGGCGGCUGCCGGACGGCAGCUGCGUCAGGGCUCGCGCCCCGGGAGACGGGGCGCCCGUGCUCUUCCGCAUGGGAGCCUCCGUGGACGACGGCGAGUGCGCGGCGUCGUGCCGCGAGCAGUCGCUGGCCGACCGCUGCGUAGCGCGGCUGCACACCGACGGCUCGAGCAGCCUGGAAGUUGCCCAGUGCGAGCCCCUGGACGCCGGCCUGUACGUCUGCAACCAUGUCGUGGACGGCGCCACCCGGCUGGCCGCCUCCACGCGCCUCCUCGUCACGGGCAAGCCAAACGAACCAGGGCGACCGGAGUUGUUGAACGCCCAGGGGACCAAGCUGCAAUUAAAAUGGGAACCAGCGCAAGCAACAGACGACUGCCCAAUGACUGGAUAUGUGGUUGAAAAAACUGUCAAAGGUUUGCAGUUCUGGGAGCCGGCCGGGCCAGCGACCACCUUGUGUACGCAGGUGAUCCACUGCGAUCCAGGCUCUUACAUGUUCCGUGUCGUCAGCCAUUCGGAGCUUGGAACGAGCAAUCCGGGCCCACCUUCUGACGCAAUUACGGUCACAGGUGACACAACGAAAUCCCAGUCAGGUGUGGUCGAAUGGAAGAAGAACUUUUCCGGAUACAUCGAAGUGGGAGAAUGUGGAAGGGGACGAUUUUCCAUCGUGAAGAAGUGCAUCAACAAUGUAACAGGUGAAAGGGUGGCAGCCAAGGUCAUCGGCUUCCAGCAGCAAUCACGCGCCACAGUGGAGCACGAGUGCCAUAUGUUGGCCAGCCUCCAGCACGACGGCAUUGUGGAGCUGCUCGAAUGCUACCGCACGCCGAGCAGCCACAUCCUAGUGUUCCCAUUCAUCGAAGGACUCCGUCUCUUCGAUCACGUCUGCGUGCAGUGGAGCUUCUACAGUGAGCACACGGCGUCGCAUUACUUGGCUCAGCUGCUCAGCGCUCUUGAUUACAUUCACCUCUGCGGCAUUGCGCACCUUGAUGUAAAGCCGGAGAAUCUGCUCGUGGAAGAAUGCAGCGACAGGCUGAAGCUGAUUGACUUCGGUAACGCUCGUAGAGUGCUCGGUGACGAGUGCAAAAUGUCCGUAAUCGGCACGGCGGAGUUCAUGGCGCCCGAGGUGCUGAAAAACUACCCUCUCAGCACCCGCGCCGACCUCUGGAGCACAGGCGCCCUACUAUACGUGUUUUUGGUUGGCCUCUCACCUUUUCUGGGUGCCACUGAGAAUGAAACAUGUGCGAACAUUGAAGCUGCUACGUAUACCAUCCCUACUUCAGCUUCCAUCUCUGAACAUUCACUUGAUCUUAUAUCCAAGCUGCUGGCUGUGGACCCACAGAAGCGUCUCUCCGCCAGUAAAGCUCUAGCACAUUGCUGGAUGAAGGAGGCACCAAGAACUCAGAACUUAAGCUCUUCUCCUCUGAGAGACUUUGUGAAGCGAAGAGAUGAACUGGUGCUGACAACUGGACUGACACCAUCAUGACAAAGAUUAGAUUCAAGGACAGUCAUCGACUAGUGUAUAUAUGGGCACCUGCCGCAGAAGAUUUUUAAUUUUUAAAAUGGCCAAGGGGUGGAGAGACACAGUCAAAAAGACUGUGGGAUGGCCAAUUCCAUUUAUACUAUGUAAAAUAAAGAUUGUACUUGAAGAAUGUACAGAAAUUUCCAAUGCAACAUACUAUGGCUUGAGUUGCAAUUCCAUGACAUUGUGCCCAAUAACAUGGCUAGUUGGCGUGAUUUAUUGCAAUCUAUCAGCUUUCAUGUUUCAAACUAUGCAUGUACAAUAAAAUCAUUGUUUCAUCUUUCUUA